AGGAAGCUGAAUAUGUCGUCCCACGCAUCGUUUCGCGGUCACGAGCUCGCCCUUGCCGUCUGGAAAGACGCGAGAAGCGUAGAAGCAUAGAUGCGCAUCGCACAUACGACAAGCUCACUGUAUUACUGACGACUUUCCGGAAGCAGUGGUCAGACCACUCUUCCUCGCGACACGCCUCUCACAGGUCUCACUCCAGAUGCUGCUAUCACGCGUCGUACUGCUCCCCCCGCGGUCAGCGCCAUGCCUGUCCCCGCCAGCAGCAUUGCGAUCGGUCAUCGGCGCGCAAUGUGCCUGCCGCCCGUGGUCUUGCAUUCGCCCGCCGCGAGCUUCGGCUCCCGCGGAGCGCCAGCGACCUGCGGAACCGUUUGCGCGCAGAGCGACGCCGCGGAGCGCCGAUGGGCGACAUGCGGAGAUGCUGCGUCAGGCGGCGCUAUGCGAGCGGGGAGGGAAUGUCAGAUGCCAUGCGACGCAGCCCAACAUGGCGCCCAUCCUCGCCCCGCCUGACGCCGGCGCACUGCCACAGCCCAGCAGCAGGGACGAGAGGCGACAUGGGGAGGGCGAGGAGGGAGUGGGGAGCGACAAGUGGUGGGACGCUGAGUGCCUCUUCCACCCCAUAGUGCUACCGCCGUCACAAGCAGCAGCAGAGGCAGCAAAAGCAGGAGAGACAGCAGCAGCAGCAGCAGCAGCAACGGCAGCAGCACAGCCACCACUGGAGCUAGAUGACCUCCUCGCAGGUGGAGUGGAGAGUUACUGGCGCAUGUACUACUACGGCCGCUCCAGCAAUACAUGGGGGGAUCCCAGUCCCUCCUCCUCCUCCUCCUCCUCCUCCUCCUCCUCCUCCUCCUCCUCCUCCUCCUCCUCCUCCUCCUCCUCCUCCUCCUCCUCCUCCUCCUCCUCCUCCUCCUCCUCCUCCUCCGCGCCUCUCCCUCCUCUGCCCGCCCUCUUCACCACGGGUAGUAUAGGCCUAGCCGUCAGCAGGGACGGCAUGGCGUGGCGCAGAGUGCGAGGGCCAGAGGCAGGUGGGGCUGUCCUCACUCCCCGCUGGCUUGACCCCGCUGCGUUUGAUUCUCUGCACGUGGGGUGCGGCGAUGUGGUGUGGGUGGAUGCAGAGGACUUGGGGGAAGAGAGAAGAGCAGGAGGCGAGGGGGAGGAGAGGCAAGGAGGGAUAGAGGGAGAGGGUGGGAAGGGCGAGUGGUGGAUGUUCUACUUUGGAGGGGGGAGGGAGGCACGGGAGGUGCGUCCGGGGGUGAGUGUUCAUGGCGCGGCCAUGCGCAUUGGCGUGGCCACGUCCCAAGAUGGCAUUCAUUUCCACCGGGUCACACCAACAAGUGCACGAGGAGGAGACAGGCCUGCUGAGAACAGUAAGGGUGCUGACCAGUCAGCUGCGCGGGAGGGAGUGGUGCUGGAGGUAGGGGUGCAAGGGGGCCGAGAUGAUCUGUUUGUGGCGUGGCCGCGUGUGCUCACUCCCUCCAUGCUCAGGCGUGCCAUGCCUUCAGACGCCUCUGAGAAGGUCUGGCUCAUGACCUACAGCGCCAUGUCAUCCUCCUCCCCCUCCUGCAUCCUCCUCGCCUCGUCGCCUGACGGCCUCUCCUGGACCCGCCUCGGCCCCAUCCUCUUCCCUGGCGCCCCUGGCGCAUGGGAUGCAGCAGGGGUGGGGCGGCGGCACGUCACUGUUCAUGGGGGCAUGCUGGCCAUGUGGUAUGAGGGCGUGGGGGGCGAUGGCAGGCACGCCAUUGGGCUGGCCACGUCUCAUGAUGGGUUCAGUUGGAGUAAGGCUGAGAUGGAAGGGUGCGACCCAGGGGGACCUGUGUUUGGGCCAUGUGACACUGGGGAGGAGAGGAGAGAGGGGAAGCAGGAAGAGGAGCAGGAUGAAGAGGAGGAAAGCGAGAGUGAGGGGGGGGAGAGUGUGGGGAUGAGAGGGGAUGGGAAUGGGGGUGAGGUGCAGGUAUGGGAGGAUCUAGUGGUGGCGGCACCUCAUGUGGUGAGCAUGGGGAAUGGCAGCAUGCGGCUGUACUAUGCUGCGCGGGGCACUGCCAGCAAGGGCUCCUCUGACUUCCGGAUAGGGGUGGCGUUUGGGAGGAGCAGCGAGCUGGGGAGGUGGAGCAGGCGCGGCGAGGAGUGCUCCUCCUCAUCUGGGCGUCAUAGUCAGGGUGGUGCAGUGGUGGGGAAGGGUGGAGGUGAUUAAAUUAAUGUGGUUGGCAGCGCCGCAUGGUGGACCGGCGGUGGCAUGAUGGGAUGGGAGAAGCAAGGCGAACUAACGCCAUUGGGUAGCAGAACAAAUGGGCAUUCAUCAAGGCAUUUAUGCACAAACUAUCGAAGGGCAUGGGAUGGGAGACUCUGUUAAAUACACCCAAGUUGCGCAACUCGGCACCGAAUGGGUUGCACAAUUCGCGGGAAACAAACAGGCAUGGUUUUCCACAUUCCAGAGUUCAUUUUGACAUUUGGAAAACACAUAACAAUGCAGAAAUACACUGGUCUGGAAUUC